ACUUCUCUUUCAAUGCUUAAAAGCGACUUUUCAGAAAAGAUUAAUCAUGAACUCUUUUGGAUUGGAUUGCGUCGGUGGAAAGGCGCAUGGGAAUGGUAUAACUUCAUUGCGCAAAAAAAAUUCACUUUUUCAAAAAAAGCUAACAGAAAACUUAGUUGUGGAUAUGGAGGCAAUAAAGAUGGAUUUGGCACGGCUUCCUGCUAUAGGCGGCUUCCUUUUCUGGUAUUCUGUUCGCGUGGAAAUGUUUUCGUUGCAGAGCUGUCGGAGAACGGUUCGUUUUGGAUUGGUUUAAGGUAUGUGGGCGACCAGUGGGUAUAUCCCGAUGGUACAAUUCCAAGCUUUUCGGACUGGGCAGUGGAUCAGCCAAAUAACUGCUGUCCUGUUCAAGAGGCUUUCAGUGUGGUUCACAUUCCCGGAAAGGGUUGGGACGAUAGGAGUGCACUGCAAAUGGAGUCUUUCAUCUGUAAAUAUAAAAGUGAAUGCUGCAUUUGA